UCGUUACCCUCCAGCUCCCCUUUAUUAUGUUCCAAUUUGCUGCACUGGCGUGAUAUAUCGGCACAAAGUGCUGCCAGCGUUCUGCUAACAAAUGUACUUUUUUUUUUGUUUUGUUUUAAUGGCUGAGUGUUCUCCUCUGCUGCCAUGCCAUUGUGUAACUCUUGGUUGCUCUCCCCAAUUCCAUACGCGUCCGUGUCUCCUUGCGCUCGCUCUUGUCGCUCCUCUUCUUAGUUGGGAUGAUGAGUCCUUGUCUGGCUGUUGCUCGUCUCUUCUCGAGAGCCUGCCUCUUUUCGGCGCUGACAAGCUGCCAGUGGAUGUCGUUGUUUGCUCCACGCUGAGUGUCACUCCUUAAGAUGACCUCAGGCUCAGCCGAAGCACAACUAGUCCUUUUCCAUUCUUGAGACGGACAACAGGAGGGGGAAAUCACAGAGAUACUGACUUUGGGUCUCGCCGGUGCUGCUGGCUCUUUUUGAACCGAAAUACAAUACUAAACCAAAAGAAAACAAAAAUUGUCCAUAUAUAUCAAGUAAAAAAAAAAAACGUGCAUUAAAACUGCCGAGCAAAAACCAGGCUGCUUAUUUACUUUUUUUUAUUUUUAUUUUUUUUUUCCUUUUCUUUGAGUUUGCAUUACUUUUCUGAAGAGCUGAUUGGGCUUACAGAACCAUCCUGUCAUAUGAGGAGAUCUCUCUACCUCGUGACUGCUGUCGGAUUACAAUGCUGAAACUCUGGGAGGCUCUGGUCCGCUUCGCAGCGCUGUCGGUCUUGGUGGAAGGGGUCACUGGAGGAUAUGCCAUGAGCAUGUUCGCAGCCCAAACGUCUCCGCCGGACCCCUGCUACGACGAGAACGGCAACCCCAGAAGAUGCAUUCCAGAUUUUGUAAAUUCAGCUUUCGGCAAAGAGGUGCGUGUGUCCAGCACCUGCGGAAAGCCCCCCGGGAGGUACUGUGUGGUGACUGAGAAAGGCGAGGAGCGCUCCAGGAACUGUCACAUCUGCGACGCCGGGGACCCUAAAAAGUCUCACCCUCCCGCCUACCUGACGGACCUGAACAACCCGCACAACCUGACCUGCUGGCAGUCGGAGAACUAUAUCCAGUACCCACAGAAUGUCACCCUGACGCUGUCGCUUGGCAAGAAAUUCGAAGUGACCUACGUGAGCCUGCAGUUCUGCUCGCCGCGGCCAGAGUCCAUGGCGAUUUACAAGUCCAUGGAUUACGGCAAGUCCUGGGUCCCGUUCCAGUUCUAUUCGACCCAGUGUCGCAAGAUGUACAAUAAACCAAAUAAGGCAACGAUUACCAAACAGAACGAGCAAGAAGCCAUCUGCACUGACUCGCACACCGACAUGCAUCCCCUGUCCGGUGGCCUGAUUGCUUUUAGCACGCUGGACGGACGUCCCUCGGCUCACGACUUCGAUAACUCGCCAGUUCUUCAGGAUUGGGUUACCGCCACCGACAUCAAGGUGGCUUUUAAUCGACUGCAUACAUUCGGGGAUGAAAACGAGGACGACUCGGAGCUGGCCCGGGACUCGUACUUUUACGCCGUCUCCGACCUGCAGGUAGGCGGCCGCUGCAAAUGCAAUGGACACGCGUCCCGCUGCGUCAAGGAUCGCGACGGCAACCUGGUGUGCGAGUGUAAGCACAACACAGCGGGGCCGGAGUGUGACCGCUGCAAGCCCUUCCACUAUGACAGACCGUGGCAGCGGGCGACAGCCAGGGAGGCCAACGAGUGUGUGGCUUGCAACUGCAACCUGCAUGCCCGACGCUGUCGAUUUAACAUGGAGCUCUACAAGCUGUCUGGACGCAAGAGUGGAGGGGUCUGCCUGAACUGCCGCCACAACACUGCGGGUCGGCACUGCCACUACUGCAAGGAGGGCUACUACCGGGACAUGUCGAAGCAGAUCUCGCACCGCAAAGCCUGCAAAGCGUGUGAUUGCCACCCCGUGGGUGCUGCUGGCAAAACCUGCAACCAGACCACUGGUCAGUGUCCCUGCAAGGACGGUGUGACAGGAAUUACUUGCAACCGAUGUGCUAAAGGAUACCAGCAAAGCCGAUCGCCCAUUGCCCCUUGCAUAAAAAUUCCAGUUGCUCCUCCAACAACAACAGCGAGCAGCACAGAGGAACCAGCAGACUGCGAGUCCUACUGCAAGGCUUCUAAGGGCAAGGUGAAAAUAAAUAUGAAGAAAUACUGCAAGAAGGACUAUGCCCUACAGGUGCACGUCCUAAAAGCAGACAAAGCUGGCGAGUGGUGGAAGUUCACCGUGAACGUCAUCUCGGUUUACAAGCAAGGGGAGAACCGGAUACGGCGAGGAGACCAGUUUCUCUGGGUGAGGUCCAAGGAUGUGGCUUGCAAAUGUCCCAAAAUCAAACCUGGCAAGAAAUACCUUCUUCUGGGCAAUGACGAGGACUCCCCAGACCAGAGCGGAGUUGUGGCAGACAAGGGAAGCUUGGUGAUCCAGUGGAGGGACACGUGGGCUCGGAGGCUACGGAAGUUCCAGCAGAGGGAGAAAAAAGGAAAGUGCAAGAAGGCGUAAGGUGCAGAGGAGCGUGGUAUAUUAAAAAAAAAAAUAUAUAUAUAUAUAUAUGACUAAAUGAACUGGGAGAACAAGAACGUCUGGGGAGGCAGAGGGUUAAGGGAAGAAAGACUGAGCACUGCUGCUUUUAGUAGAGGCACGAGGAGUUUAGUCCGACUUUAGCAAGUCUGUGAAGGAGCUCACUUUGUGGUUUGAAUUUUCUUUCAACUUUUUACUUUUGGAUUUGCCAAGUUUGCACCUAAUAUUUCAAAUAUAUAGUCUUGUGUAUGUGUGUGUGCAUGCGUGCGUGUUGGUAUGUGUGCGUGUGUGUGUGUGCGCAUGUGUGUAAGGAUUCCAUAUGUUUUGAACAGGAAUUUUAGUUUGGCCACCAAAUUUAGCUACUGUUGUGAUUUAUUUUUUUUUAAAUUCCAGAAGCCAUUUGAAUCCGGCAAGCAAUAAGGGAAGAUGGCUUAGCUGCCUGCAACAUAUUUCAAAAUUACUGUUCAAUUUUUUUUUUUAAUGAACACCUGAUCACAGCAGCUCGAUCUUUUUUAUUUUCUCUUUAUUGGUAUUUUAUAUAUAAAUAUAUAUACAUAUAUUUUUAUUUCUUUUUUUUUUUUUUUUUUUUUUAAAGGGGGUGUCUUAACACUUUUGCAAUGUAUAGUAAAAAAAAAAAUUCCACUUCUGUUGUAAUUCCUGUGUUCAGCAUUGUAGUCGAACACAGUAGUGUGUCCAGUACAGCUUUUUUUUUUAAAAAGAAAAAAUGCAAAAGACAAGCCUCUCCGGGGGAAAAUAUUGUGAAAUGGCUUCUGUGGACAAUACCUCAAGAUAUUCUGCUCCACUUUAUGCUAGGUUCUUAUAAGUGCCAUAAAGAAAACUGGGUCAUGCGGUCAAGAAAUGGUCUUCCUCCUUGGGUUCAGUGCCACCUAGUGGCUGCAUGGUGUAAUUAUACACAGAACUCUUUCUUUUGAGUACAGGCUUAGCCGAGACAGGCUCAAUUGUCCUACAGGCUUAGCAGAGACAUGUUUGACUGUCCCUUUUGGAACUCACUGGUAUAUGUAAGUCAAUGCCUACAUUUAUUGACAGCCUUACAAAAACAAACUGAAUGGUGAAGAUGGGUCAAGCAUAACAUUGACAGAACAGUUCUGCUGACAAUCAGGAAAAGCAUCCACCCACUAGCCAUACCGGUAUCCUCACAGAAGAGGGCUUUGCCACUCUGUCUGGACUCACUAUAGGCCCCAAAAGGCUCAGCCCAAUACAGCUUGCGUUUCUCAUAUCGUGGGAAUCGGGCUUGAAACCAGAUUUGUUUUUCACCCCAUAAGAAAGCAGCCGCUGUACCAUUAAAAACAAGCAGACAGCCACAGGUAAAUCUGUGAGGUUCGUAUUUCUCAAGAAGCUGCCAAUGUUAACAUUUUCAGAAAAGGUCCACUCAUUAACCACUGCAAGGCCUCUAAGACAUUCGAAGGCUAGAAGAAAUACAAACAUCGGUCACGCAAAGUGGGGCUUCAUAAGUUCCCUUUACUUCACCGUCACGUGUCAUGUGUCGAUGGAGACACCUGUAAAUAAAGCUGUUCAGGAAGUGUCUUUAUGUCAUCUUUGUUCUUGAUGUCCAACAGUGAAUGCCCACAGUAUAUUCUCAAGCAGUGUUUCUUAAACUAUUUUUUAUUAUCCUCAAGACCCAAUUCGUGACGACCAUCAUUUUUGGUCCCUCUUCAAGAAUCGCUGACCACUGUCAUAGCAGAUCAGUGUCGAUUGCUUGACCUGCCAGAGGUGAUCCACCGCAAGACACUUGACAAACUAUUCACAAGCCUUUCCCAUUGGAUGCGAACCAAUGAUGCACAACCCUGCACCAACACAAAAGGAGGCAACCCGCGACCCAAAAUCAGUCAGGCCCCAUAGUUUAAGAACCAAAGCCCUAAAGGGUCAAUUCGGCACACAUCCUGAAGCGUUAAGAGGCUCCACCUAAAGGAUGACCAACUAACCAAGUCUCUCUAAAAGUUGAGGAAGUUCUACAAAUUGAUGCCCAUUGGUAUAAAAGCCCACACCAUAAAAACUGAACACAUCAGAUAGGACAUACCCAUCAAACAUUUCCAGUGAGCACAACAUGCUAUAGCUGAUAGUUUAAGAUCACUGUGUUGUCACUUGUGUGUAUAUACACUGAUGAGCCAAAACUUUCUGACCACCUGUUUAAUAAGCUGUGUUGCUUCUCCAUGUGUCGACCUGCCAAGUGCUGGACUCUAGAAGACCUCUGAAAGUGUCCUGCGAUCUCUGGUGCCAGGACAUCAGCAGCAGAUCUUCUAACUCCUGCCAGUUGUAAUGUGGAGCCUCUGCAGAUCAGACUUGUUGUUCCAAAACAUUCCGCAGAUGCUGCACUGGAGACUUUGAAGGCCAGUGAACUGCCUUGAACUCUUCAUCAUGUUCCUCAAACCAUUCUCAAACAGUUCACAGAGUGUGGCUGGAUGCAUUAUUCUGCUGAAAAACACUAUUUCAAUCGGGGAAUACAGCUGCCGUAAAGGGGUCUUCCUAGUCUCCAGCAAUGUUUAGGUAGGUGAUGUCCACCUCAAUGCCUGGACCCAGGGUUUCCCUAACAGAAUAUUGCGGCUAUGCAGUCCCAUAUCCUUAGAGUUCAAUGUUAGGUGUCUCAUGCCACAUUACUCCUAUAACCAUCAAUAAAAUGAUCUGCGAUUUGUGCCCCAGUAGGCCUUCUUUUGGUUCGUACCUGAUGGGAUAGCCUUCACUGACCUCUGGAAUCGAUGAAUCCUGGCCACCCAAAACCAUGUCACCAGUUUGUGGCUUAUUUUUUUUUUUCUCUCUCUCAGACCAAUGACUAACCAUGGCUGAUCUUCAACACCACUUGGUAUUUGGGAAAUGCUCUGACCGUAACAAUUUGCACCUUGUCAAAGUCCUUCAGGUCUCUACAUCAAGCACGCACUCCUAAUAUCAGCUUACUAUCUAUUAGAUCCCUGACCUUGACAUGCAGCUGUUUUAAUGAAAUACUCGACGUCACUUGCUUCCUACAGGUGUGGUCAUGAUGCUUUGGCUCAUCAGUGUAUAAAUGUAUGGACAUUUUUAAAGCAGAAUGCAAUACAAGAUGCAUCUCCUCAUAGAUGAGUAAAUGCCUAACAAGCAGGCCCUACCAAUCACAUACCCUGACCCACCUUCCCUCCGGUCAGUACCCUAAUGUCCAGGCUGUCAUCGUUGUCAUGUAAAGGGUCAUCAAACAGUUUUGGAAAUCCUUUUCUUUGUUUUAGGUGAGGCUCAGAGGUCUUAAGGCAGGACUCACACGCAAAGACACAUACAAUCAUUUUUUGAAUUUUGUCAGGUUAAGCUUCUAGGAAAACUCUCUUAAUGGUUGACAUGCCUUUUCCCAAAAGUUAGGGCGACUACUCCAAGUGUGCGCUAGAGCUCAUGCAGAUAGAGCCACUUGCUUUCACCUUCUACAUCUGAUUCACAGUGCGAUGCGUGUAGCAGAGCUGCAUGGCUUAAUCUAACCCAGCUAACGUAUACUGCUGAGCCCACAUUUAAAUGUUGUACUUUCUAUUUCAAUAAACUUUUCUUCAGUGCCUUCGCCCACCCCCUCUCUGCCUCAUACCCAGCAACAGAAGAGCCAACAAGAGUCCAGGGGGCUGCUUUCAAGCUCUCAGAGCGUCUGGAAAUGCUUUCUGCUCACAAGUACAAUUCUCCAGCCUUCAACGCCUGUGUGGGCCGCAUUUUUAAGAAAAUGUAUUUCUCCCAGGCAAGGGCAGUCUUUUGGGUCGUACUUAUUUAUUUAUUUUUGUUUCUCCUUGAAAUGUAGUGCCAGGCUUUGUUAUUUUAACUGAAACUACUGGCAUAUUUUCACAACCAAUGUAAUAAGUAAAAACAAAGUCUUUUGUCUGUUCACCAAUUAGCUUCUCCAGUAAAAGACUGGGUCAGCACAUAAAGGACAUGUUUAUCUUCCAUCCAGUAAGAACCAUCGCAACUCUGACAGCACCCACCACUCCGGCUCUCGCUACUCACUUUGAGGGGGUCCUGCAGUCUGAAAAUCCGAGCUAAUCCAUACUUGACAUGACAUUCAGCUCUCUUUACUCCAAAAGCACAUCUCAUCUCAUCACACCCCUGCAUGGGUCAAUAUAUUAAGAACCAAGAGACUGUGCAAAAAACACCUUAAGAUUAACAUUCAUGUGGAUCAGGGCUGUCAAACCCGGACCUGGGGUCCCGGUUUUCAUUCUGGCCACUUUCUCAUUUAGCAACCACUCAUGGCUGCUAACAACCUGCUUGUUCUACCUUCACUCAAAUUGGUUAACAUUUCAAGAUUCAGCAGCACAGAGAGCCAAAAGAUCUUAGCUCACUUUCAGGAAUAGGCCACCAAUUUCUCAGCUAGAGGCCAAAUGAUCUUACUGCUAAUAAAAACCUGUCGUUUGAUUCUAUAGCUUGUUAGUACUCAAAUUCAGCCACAAGAGACAUUUCCACAGCAGCUCAUUCUUAUUUUUCUGAAUACAUCCCUCCAAACAUAAAUGAUUUGUGAAUCAGAAUGGAUCAAUAGUUCCGACACAUUCACUUUGUUCAUUUAAAAUAUUUUAUCAAAACAGAUGUUGUAUAAUGGUCAUGUAGGCAGGCCUAUCAAUGGGACAGUGCUAGUUAGUCUCCUACAUAAGGAUCUUCAGUUACUGUAUAUAGAUCAUUUAAAUCUUCAUAUAGAUCAGAUAUAUCAAUGAUCAGUGAGAUGGUCAUCUACAUGUAUGCAGGCCUACCAGUGGGAUUGAGUUAGGUGGUCAUCAAUGUGUAGAUCAUCAGUUACACACAUCACAUGGAUCACUUACAUCAUUAUAUGGAUUAGUUACAUAGAUAAUCAGCUACAGCGAUCAUCAGUUAGUUGGUCAUCUACAUAAAGGCAAGCCUGACGAAGGUAUUUAGUGAUCUGGUCACCUACAUAUACAUCACUUAGAUCAUCAGUUAGCCAUUCAUAUAGAUCAACUUAGCUCAUCAUAUAGAUCAGUUAUAGAUCAUUAUAUAGAUCAUCAGUUAGCUGGUUAUCUACAUAUUAGAUAGGCUUGCAGAUGGGACCAAGUAAGCUGGUCAUCAAGUUACUCACAUCACUUAGAUCACUUUAGCUCGGCAUUUACAGUAUAUUCACAUCAGUAACCAAUUAUACAGAUCAUCAGUUGGCUGGUCAUCUAAAUUCAGGCAGGCCUACAAAUGGGAAUGAGGUUACUGGCCAUCUUAACAUAGAUCAUCAUAUGGAUCAGUUAUGGGUUAUUGCAAACAUGAUCAUUAUAUAGGUCAUCAGUUAUCUGGUCAUCUACAUAUAGGAAGGCUUAUAGAUAGGGUUGAGGCUGUUGGUCAUCUACAUAUAGAUCAUCAAUUAUAUCAAACAUUUAAAUCAGUUUAGUUCAUCAAUUAAACCACACUAUGGAUCAAUUAUGGAUUAUUAUAUAGAUAGUUACAUAAAUUCAUCAGUUAACUGGUCAUCAAAAUGAAGUCUGGCCUACCAAUGGGAUUGAGAUUGCUGGUUAUCUACACAAAGAUCAUCAGUUAUAGGUCAUGCAGAUGAUCAGUUCUGUAGAUCAUCGCUUAGCUGGUCACUAACAUAUACCGUAGGUACGGAUUACAAAUGGGAAGGAAUUAGCUGGUCACCUGUGGGCUUACCUUUUCAUCAUUUAGAUCAUCAUAUGGAUCAGUUAUGGAUCAUUACAUAGAUAAUCACUUAUAUAGAUAAUCAGUUAGCUGGUUGUCUACAUAAAGGUUAAGCCUGUAGAUGGGAUUGAGUUACCUGGUCAUACUGUAGAUCAGCACAUAGCUAGCCAAUCUCUUAGAUCAAUGAAGCUCAUCAUGGAGAUCAGCUAUAUGUCAUUAUAUAGAUCAUCAGUUAGCUGGUCAUCUACAUAUAAAUAGACCUGGAGAUGGGGACAAAUAAACUGGUCAUCACUAUAUAGAUUGUCAGUUACAAGUAUUACUUAGAUCAGUUUAGCUCAUCAUUUAGAUCAUCAUAUGGAUUAUUACACAGAUAAUCAGUUAAACAGAGCAUCGGUUAGCUGGUCAUCUACAUACAGAAUAGGCAGGCACACUUGGAUUAAGGUUGCUGGCCAUCUAAAUAUUGUUCAUCAUUUAAAUCAGUUUAGUUCAUCAUUUAGAUCAUCGUAUAAAUCGGUUAAAGAUCAUUAUGUAGAAGAUCAGUCAUAUAGAACUCUAGCCUUAUGGAUUCAGCAUUCAAGGUUCAAAUCUCUCCCCAUCAGGCAUUCCAGUUUCCCAUCCCCACAGCUGAAGACAUGCUGUGUUAUGUUAACGUGACUGCAUGGAUGUUUGUAACGGAACAUCACCCCAACCAAGCUUGGUACCCACCUCGUGCCUAAUGCUACCCAAAAAGGCUUUGGUUCUCCAAUGACACUUAACUGCAUUAAGCACAUUUCAGAACAUCACAUUAGCAAUGAGGAAACAUUCACUUAAACAGAGUGCAUUGUGGGAGAAAAAAAACGGAAAAAAAAAUGAAAAACCUCAUUUUUACAAUUGAAGCGCUUUAUAAGGUGAUUGCAAAUACAAUGAAAAAACUACCAAAAUAUCUUAGCAUUCUAAUGGGAUAAUAAUUAAACAAAAAAAAAAAAACCCUCUGCCCACCCAAGCACGCCAAACUAAACACAAAUUCAUCCAUUCAUUUGCAAAGCACAUAUGGCAGUGAGGGAGGAAUACCGUGACGAAGUUGGGAAGAACUAAAAGCCGUAAAUGUGAGCGGAGUGUCCAGCAGGUUUAAAACCUCCACAGUUUCCAUUCGCCCAUCUGCACUGUCAUGUCCACGUCAGGCACAGCCAGCAGUUUAACCCACAUGGGACCAGCCUGUGAGCAACUGCCCAAGCCGCGUGGACCCUUUCUUGCCGCCAUGACUCCAGUAGCACCGUUAGCUGCUUUUGUGUGACUGCUUAACGUUAAGGAAGACAAAGCAAAUCCUUUGUGUUUAUACCGGGGACAUGUAGAGAUAUUUGGGGUGGGUGGGUUCUUCUAAUUUAUAUAGAUGUGGUGCCGCUGCAGGAAACGAGUCUCGACCUUUCAUUUCCUCUAAUAAAAAGUAUUUCCAAUAAACUAAUCUUUGUUUUGAUACACAGACCUGUAUGACGUUUUCUUUUCUGUUCAUACAUUGAAUUGUAAAUGUUUAGUUGUGGCCUGUGCAUAAUUCUGCAAUGUUUCUUUACAAUGCAUACUAAUAUAUUAUGGUUAUUAUAUAUGAAUAUAUUUAAUGACACAUGAAACAUUGUGGGUUUGUUUUGUCUUUGUUUUUGUUUUAUAGAUGGCUAUGGUUAAAUGAGGAAAAAGAUAAAUAAACUGUAACUACUGAGCACCUACCUGGUAGAACUAAAUUCAAAAUUCAGUUUAAUAAACGCCUGUAAACUUCA